AUGGCCCUUUCACACGUCGUCCGCCCGCAAUUGGCGCCCACCUACACAUGCCGCGCCUGUCUACUCCGCCUCUCCCGCGGCGCGCGACGCCAAUUCACCCCGUCUCGGGCGUCUCAGCAGCAAAAAGCUAGCACGGCGCUGCCCUCGUCGCCGGCACGCACGCGCUUCGCUCCAUCGCCGACGGGAUACUUGCACCUGGGCUCGCUCCGCACCGCGCUGUUCAAUUAUCUCCUUGCCAAGCGCACCGGCGGCCAGUUUCUGCUGCGCAUCGAAGACACGGAUCAGAAGCGCACGGUGCCCGACGCCGAGCAGCGCCUCUACGACGACCUGCAGUGGGCGGGGCUGCAGUGGGAUGAGGGGCCCCAGGUCGGAGGGCCGUAUGGCCCAUAUCGCCAGUCGGAGCGCAGCGACUUGUACCGCCAACACGCCCACGCGCUGCUCGAGUCGGGCCAUGCCUACCGCUGCUUCUGCUCGGCUGAGCGCCUGAAUGCGCUGGCCGAACACAGGCACAAGCUGGGCAUCGCCACCGACUACGACCGCACUUGCGCCCCCAUCGCGAGAGAAGAAAGCGACGACAGAGCCGCGAGGGGCGAGCCGCACACGAUCCGCCUCAGGGUGCCCGAGCAGUACCCCUCGUACAAGGACCUCAUCUACGGCACCUUUCGCCCUCUGAAGCGCCGCGGCCAUGUCACCGAAACCGCCUACGAGGACCCCAUUCUCCUCAAGUCGGACGGCCUGCCGACAUACCACCUCGCCAACGUCGUCGACGACCACGCCAUGAAGAUCACGCACGUCAUCCGCGGCAGCGAGUGGAUGCCCAGCACCCCCAAGCACAUUGCCCUGUACCACGCCUUUGGCUGGGAGCCGCCGGCCUUUGCGCACGUGGGGCUCCUCGUCGACGAGCACGGCAACAAGCUCAGCAAGCGCAACUUCGACACCGACAUUGCCGCCUUCAAGCAGAUGCAAAUCUUCCCAGAGACGCUGACCAACUUUGCCGCCCUGCUCGGCUGGAGCCACCGCUCGAAAUCAGAUGUCAUGGACCUUGCCACGCUGAUCCACACCUUCACGCUGAAAUUCACAAAAGGCAACACCACCGUCACCUUUGGCAAGAUGCAAUUUCUCCAGCGCAAACACGCUCUCCUGCGUACCCAGCGCGGCGGCCCAGCGCUCGCCGAAAUGGUAGAUUGCAUCGCCGCGCUGCUCGCCGCCCCCGACACGCCGUACAAGCACUGGAGCACCAUUGUGCAAAACAGCAGUCCCCACGGCACGCCGCGCGCCUACAUCCAAGCCAUUGUGACCGCCGACGCCGAAAACUACACAAACGCAAACGAAUUCCUAUACCGCAACGCCUUCUUCUUCACGCCCCUGCGCCCCUUCAGCGCCACACCGCCCCUGGCAACCUCGUCGGACAUUCCCAUGCGCACCGCACAGCUGCUCGCGGACAUCGACGCGCAGAACUGGGCGAAAGACCGACUCAUGGCAAAAGUCCACGAGAUUAUCGAUGGCAGACCGGCGGGGAAAAAGGAAAGUAAAGACGUGUACCAGUAUCUGCGCAAGACGGUUACGGGCCAGGAGGACGGAAUGCGCAUUUACGAUGUCAUGGUUAUACUGGGGCGGAAGGAGACGCUGGCGAGGCUGGGUUGUUAG